AUGGACGGGCUGGCAUGGCAGCGCAAAGCCGCGUCGGUCCCCACGAUUGAUUUAGUUGAGUGCAUUGAACGAUCUGGAUCUUUGCUGCCCAGCUGCAGUCAAGCAGUUAGAAGCGAUUUGUUGCGACCCAAGGCCUCCUCUGACAUUGGACUGGCCUGUGAGGAGCCGGUCGAGAAAAAGAAUCCUCGAGAGGAGAAGCGCGGAGGCUUAGCUGUAGACGGGUCGAGUCUGGAGAUUUCAACAGUUGAAGUUGGCUCCAUUUUCACAUCAGACUCCGUACGCUCGGCUGCCGAGCAGGCGCUGAAGCACUUUGGCAACUCCGUGGACGAGCCCAUCCAGCUGGUAGAUCUUGGCAAUGUGCAAAGCCAGAUCCAGCUGUGGAAGAAACAUUUGCCCAAUGUGCGCCCGCACUACGCAGUGAAGUGUUGCCCCAACAAGCAGAUCAUCAAGCAGCUCCGAGACGGAGGUUGCGGCUUCGACUGCGCAACGAUGCAGGAGAUCAGCACAGUUUUGGAGCUGGGUGUCACGCCGGCCGACAUUGUGUACUCCCACCCGUGCAAGCCACGAUCGCACAUUGCCUUCGCCAAGAGCCAAGGCAUUUGCCUGAUGUCCUUCGACAACGAUGUGGAGUUGCGGAAGGUGGCCGCCGUUUAUCCUGAGGCGCAGUUGCUUCUCCGUGUCGUUUGCGAGGACUCGUCGGCGCAAUGCCCCAUGUCACUGAAGUUUGGGGCAAAGCGCGAUACGUGGGCCACGCUGCUGGACAUCAUCCAGGAGCUCCAGCUCAACCUUGCCGGGGUGUCUUUCCAUGUGGGCUCUGGCUGCAAGGACCCGGAAACCUUCGAGCCAGCCCUGGCGGAUGCCAGAGAGGUCUUCCGAAUGGCUUCCGAGCGCGGCAUGAAGGCCUUGCGAGUCCUGGAUAUCGGUGGAGGCUACCCUGGCGACCGGGCGGGUUAUGAAGAGAUCGCACCGGUCAUUGCAGAGAAGCUGGGGCGGCUGUUCCCAGAAAGCGAGUUCCCAGAGCUCACACGCAUCGCGGAGCCUGGUCGCUUCUUUGCAGCCAACAGCGGGCACCUGCUCACGAAGGUCUAUGCCAAAGCAAAGUUGCCGGCGACCGAUGGAAGCGGAGAGCAGGUCUGCCGCUACUACUUGAAUGAUGGGCUGUACGGCUCUUUCAACUGCAUCAUCUACGACCACGUCGAGGUGCGUCCUGAACCAAUCCGACGCGUGGACGGGGAUGAGGUUCCCUGCGCCCUCUUUGGCCCGACUUGUGACGGGUUCGAUGUCGUCCUCGAGAAGCAUCGUAUGCCAGAGCUCGAGGAGGGCGAUUGGAUAUUGUGGCGCAACAUGGGGGCCUACACAUCAGCAGCCGGGUGCAACUUCAACGGAUUUCCACUGGCGCUUUCGUGGUACUACCGUGCCCCGCCCUGCUUGUAG